AGGCUGUCCAACGCCAGCAUGUUCAAAAACCGACUAGAGAGCGAAGAAACUCGAGCCAUUUCUACACUUUCACCAUGGCCGACGCUUCGUCCACCGAGCGCCGCCAGCAGCUCCGAAGUCUCAACGACUCUCUAGUCAGCGGCUCGCUGUCCCGCCAGGAAUAUGACGAACUACUGCCGUUCCUGGCAUCCCCAACCUCGACGCAACCGCAACAAGACGCCGCGUUCGACGCCGCCCUAGCCGAAGCGCAACAGCCCGCUGACCGCCACUCGAGUCCACACCGCAUAGUCCACUUCGCUGACAACGCGGAUCCGCCGGCCCCAGAACCCAUUGAGGCUUCGCGGCAGUAUCAGAUGCUCACGCCCGUCGCGUCAGCGUCAUCAGGACUGCAGCUACGCUGUCCGGCGUGUGGCACCAGCAACGACACGUCGCGUGGUCCUCGCUGCUACGUAUGCAACUCGCGUCUCACCGUCGCCGACGAACUGUCGGCUGCAGCGGCCGCUAGAGCGAGUUCGAGCUCGAGACAGCGCUGGCCUAUUGUGACGGCCAUGGCGCCUCCUAGUGGCGCGUUCAGCGCGGCGGAUGACGGCCGCGUGGUGAUCCACAACGGGUUCUUCUCGUGCACCAUGCAGACCACGCAGGUCAUCGCUACAGCGGAAGGAAGCGCCUGUCAGGUGUUCGUCAUGUGCUGCACGUGGCAGCCUCGCCCUACUGAGGGUACAAGCACCCAACAAUAUGAAGCGACGUGGUAUGUAUCGCAACGCUUUAGCCAAUUCGAGAAAUUGCACAAGGCACUCAAGAGGAAUUUGGCACGCUCCACGUCGGCAUCGUUGCCUCCAUUCCCGGCCAAAUAUUACCUCACCGACCGCCUGGAGAAGAGGAAACAGGGACUGGGGACGUACAUGCCGCGGCUGCUGGAGAUGUGUGCUCAUUUACCCAACGCACAGCCAGUGCCAGAGCUGGACGAGUUCUUAGACAUCUCACACCAGGUUCAGAUCUUCCGGUCGCAACGUCCUAGUGCUGCUCCUGUUGUGAAUGCAAGUCCACCAGCUCAGUCUACAGCGGCGUCGUCGUCGUCGUCCUUCCCGGCGUUUACAGGCCCGGCGAUGCUGCCAUCUCAGUCAGUUGCGCCGCCUAUGGAUGCAACGGAACUUGCUCAAGCUGAGGGUGCUGUGAGACUCCUUGCCAAUGCAGUGCGCAACGCACGAGGAGAUGUACGUGGCGACGGUACUGUCCAGCAUCAUUUGGACAUGUGCGUGCAGUUGGCACCCGGACUACAGCGCUCUGCUGAUGUGGAUAACCCGUUCGCCGACGCGGAACUCAUUCCGCGUGCCAUGCAGUGUCAAGAAGAUCUACAACAGGCAGUUGCGAUGUACAAUGAUGCACUGCUCGCUGCCUCCGGGAUAGCACCGACCCAACAGCAAGCGCAGCGAGUUCAGCAGCCCGAACCGCACGUCCAAACCCAACAAAUGCCGGUGCACAACGUCGUACCUGCAAGCGCCGCGUAAUGUAUCCUCAUGAUACAUUCGCUUGACAACCUGAAGUUUUUAUUGCCUGCUGUAACUAGUGAAGAUAUCGUUUUGAAUUAUGCGUUCUUGUUCUUGUGUAGAUUUCAAAUGAAAUGUAUUGGAAAACAUGCAGCUAAACAUGCAAACAUCCA